AUGCACCUACGUGUGGCCGACGUCACUCAGGCGGUCGCUGUCGCUGGGAUCCUUGAUGUUCUAAAUUUUUACCCGGGGUACCAGUGUGUCCGAGUGCCUUCUCCGGAGCACUGCCACGAGGCCUCCCCAAAAGGCAGGAGCGCGACAAAAAGUAAUGCGCGCGACUGUGAAGAGCUGAGAGGGUACCGACUGAGUGAAUGCUACACGGACACCGAUCGCUUGAAGAUCGACUGCGUCUGGACACCACGAGACGACAAUCUCUGGUUAAGGGAUCUGACGUCUUCAGGUUACAAAGUGCGCGCUUUAGUGAUGAUGCCGCUGCGCCUAACGGAAAGCAACCAGCACAUCGAAUUCGGCUUAGCGGAUCCACCAACACCGGCAGCUGUGGAAGGACCGAAGACCGAAGCUCAUUGGCCGCACUGGCACGGCAGAAGUCGACACGCGAGCUCUUGCCUUUCGUCACAUCACGAGAGACGCUGCCAGGGCGAAUGUCACGUUUCCCGGCACCUCACGGGGACGCGCACCGGUGAGUGGUGUGCGGCGCACAGCAGGGAACCACAGGCUUUGCAGAAUAAUAAUAUUUUUCUCCAGAUAGAAGUAAACAGCCUGCCGGAAACACAACCUGCUUCGCACUACAGUAUGCUUGCGAACCCCGUGCAGUUCAUGAACUGCCGCGUACAGCAGAAUGAGUGCGUCUCGAGGAAAUCACUUUCAAACAGGAUCUCAGGCGCUGCAGCGAUCCUCCUGCGGAAGCGGGGAGGAAGAGGAAAAAAUUUAGCACUAGAGAAGCGCAGAGUACGCACUGCGUACAUUGAAGGACGCGGCUGGGUCGGUCCGCGUACAGGCAUGCGAAGCCUGCUGCUACGAGUAGGUCGAGCAACGUAUGGAAGCCCGGGCGCCGUGGUGAGGAAAGCACUCAACCCUACUGUCCAUAUGUACGGCGGCGAAAAAUACAUCGAGAAGCAUUUGACAUUUUCAUUCUCACUGCUAAUUAGCAAAAGAAACCCUUGUUGUGAGUCGAGCGCCGCGUACGGGUGUUCCGCAUCCCAGCUCGACUUGUGCUCCAGUACGCUGCUGGGCGGCGACUCUGACGCGAUCAGGCUUUCUAGUAAUACUCAGCGCUCGCCAGAUCCGUUCGGCAGAGAGUGA